AUGCUGUUUUGUGUCUGGUGGUCCAGUCUGGUGCCUAGCGUAGUGCACUGCAUCACCUGCACCUCCGGCGACAAUAUCAAACUGGCCAUCAGCAGGAGGCUGGAGCUCCGUGAGCAGUUCUUCCUCUUCACCGGUCCUGCAUUGUCUGCAAUAGAGCCAAACUGCGUGGGCCUGGCAGCAGAAGAGAGCGACGACGAGGUGCUGCAAUCGGAGAGUGGAUGCCCCUCGGGCACGAGGAGAGCGAACUUGUGUAACACUUUGACGCCCGAGUGGCACGGCGGUUUCUGCUCAUUUGCAAGCGAAUACUGCCCUCCCGGUUGCAGAUCUGAGACCACUGAGGCGCCGAAUGUACCCUCCCCCCUCAAGUGUGAAGUAGCCAAUGGUGAGGUGCGGGAAGAGGGUGAAGAUUUGGGCUCUUUG